AUGCAGUCCGAUAACGACAGUAUCACUCCAAUAGACCAGGAUAUCAUAGCAGCCUUACCAAUGGGGGGUCCAGCUUGUUUACAAAAUCAACAACAACAACAACAACAACAACAACAGCAGCAUGAUUCCUCUGGCCAACCAAUGAAAAUAAGAAAAAAGCCGGGGCGUAAACCUAACCCUGCCUCACCAGCUCUUCGCAAAGCACAGAAUCGAGCAGCACAAAGAGCUUUUCGAGAGCGUAAAGAAAGACACAUGCGUGAAUUAGAAGUAGCUAUCAAACAGAUUAGAGAACAACGAGAUAAGCUUCUUGUGGAGAACGAACAGUUGAAGGCAGAUCAAGAAAUUUUACGCUCAGAAAAUUGGUACCUCAAAGGCAUCGUCUUAUCACUUCAACUUGUUUGCUAUCAGCACAACUUGGUCAUACCACAGCAUGGCCCUUACAUCAACGAGCAGGCGCUGUCUGUUUUAGCCAAGUCGAUUCCAGAAACCAUUGCUGCCUAUAUCAGCGUCAAUGCAAGCAACAAAUUGCCCAUUCCCUCAAAGCUUUUUGGUUAUCGCCACACCGUUAAACAACGUGAUCGCUACCUUUCUUCAGGUUCUAUCGUCAUUACCAAACAAGGUGUUCAUUCUCUGCCGGAUCAUUCCGCCUCUUCAUACCAACAGCAUGCAUUUUCAAGGCCAGCGCCUAUGGCUGCUCCUCAAGCAAAUGCGUCCUCAUCUCAUGCUUCCAUGUCUUCAUCCUCAUGGAAGGACAAGUUCCCUCCUACGGAUUUUGUACACCCAUUAGAAGCCCAACAGCAACAACAACAACAACAACAACAACAGCAGCAGCAGCAACAGCAACAGCAACAACAGCUCGAGGAAGAAACAGCAACUAUGCCACCGCUCUCUCCUGGAUCGGUUGCCUCGGAUAAAAUCAAUCAUCAAGUGCAGUUAAACAGAGACAAAACGACGUCUUCCCUACAUUCAAAUAACAACACCAAUAACAGCAACCCUCUUCACCACAACACAAACACCACAACACGGCCCGUCAUGCUAACGGAGGAACCACUCACCUCUAAUUUGGCUGCUAUUCAGACAUUACGUUUACGACUUCGUUUACAAUCUGCUUGUGUGCGUAUGGAUUCCAUACCCUUUGCCAUUCAGCCCACCUUACUACAGCUGACAAUACCUCACGAUCCCCGUAUUGAUCUUAUUCCUACUCCACACAUGAGAGACAGAAUGAUACUUUUUAGAGACCAGUUCGACCUCGAUGACUGUUUUAGGCUGUUAUUAGGUAAUUCAGUCUUCCACGGUGGCGAUCCUGGUGUAGCAGGCAAUUGGCAAUUGCCUCCGGAAUUCUUUGAAAAAUACUGGUUCUUGACGAUUGACUAUGAUCUUCGCCGGACGACAAAUCAUUGGCGUCGCCUGCAAGGAUUAAGCGAGCUUGAUUUCAACAAGCAAAAAGGACAGGAAGAAGAAGCAGCUAAAAGCGCGAAUAGUCAAAGCGAGAGUAAACAAACGCCCUUGUUGGAGCAGAUUCACCAGCAACAUAAUAACCUUAGCCAUACAGAUUUGUCAGCUUUAUUAGGCGUUGAUUUCUGGAAGUUAUCUCAAGCAAGCCUAAAUAAUAACAGUAAUACCAGCAACGACAACAACAACAACAGUUCCAUCCACAGUAUGCGUCAUAAGAACACCGGUGAUGACGGAGCUGCAAAUAACGAUAUCUCAUACGCAUCAUCAUUAUCUUCAGAUGGCUCUUCUCAUUCACCACUACAUACACCUGACUCACCGUCCAUAUCCAUUCAUAAAACUACGAAUGCUACUGCUGCCGCUCCUGCUGCUACAACAACAACAACGAAUACCAACAAAACAACGAGCAGUAACGAAAAUACAUUGGAACCUGUUCGUCUAACCAAUGGAUAUAAUUACCCUUACCCACAUACUUCUCAACAACAUCAAAGAAAUACCGCAUACCCCUUUUAUCAUAGAUUGCAUCGUUCUCAUCCUUAUCAAACAGCCAUUCCCAGUACGAACUUUAGUAAAAAGCCAUCAGAAAUGAGGACACCCUCCACUUGGAAUACGACUCCCAGUCUAUUCAAUAAGGAAAAUACUGCCAUGGAUCCAUCCUCAUUGCCUACAACACUACUCCAUGAACAGGACAUGGAUAUAACAAUGAGUGAUCUGAUAGAUACAGAGCCAACCGCCUUAUAA